AUGACAAGGGCUUACGAAUCUGCCCACGAGGUGAACUUCGCCACNCAUAUUGGCAGGCUGGGAAUUUUGGUAGAUUUUUUGUCACAUUCGACCAUCACUGGUUUCAUGGGAGGGACAGCAACACUUAUCUGCCUGCAGCAAUUGAAGGGCAUGUUUGGGUUGAAGCAUUUUACUACCCAUACUGAUAUGGUUUCUGUUUUGCGUGCAAUUUUGAGCCACAGAGAUGAGUGGAGAUGGGAGAGCGCCGUGGUGGGUAUAAUCUUUCUUAUUUUCCUCCAAUUCACUAGAUACGUGAAGCGUAAGAAGCCAAGUUUAUUUUGGGUAUCAGCUAUAGCUCCAAUGGUGACCGUCCUUAUUGGUUGUCUCUUUGCUUAUUUUGCUCAUGCAGAGAAACAUGGAAUCCAAAUUGUGGGUGACCUGAAGAAAGGAAUAAAUCCCUCCUCCAUUCAACGUUUAACCUUUGAUCCUAAAUACAUAUCAGCACCCUUAAAAGCUGGGCUCAUCACAGCAAUGGUGGCUCUAGCUGAAGGAAUAGCUAUUGGAAGGAGUUUUGCCAUUAUGAGAAAUGAUCAUAUUGAUGGGAACAAGGAGAUGAUGGCUUUUGGUCUCAUGAACAUUGUUGGAUCUUUCACUUCAUGCUAUUUGACAACUGGUCCAUUUUCAAAAACAGCAGUAAAUUUCAAUGCGGGUUGCAGAACAGCCAUGGCUAAUGUAGUGAUGGCAGUAUGUAUGAUGCUGACCCUCCUGUUCUUGGCUCCUCUGUUUAGCUACACUCCCCUUGUUGCCCUUUCUGCCAUUAUUAUGUCAGCCAUGCUGGGUCUGAUUGACUAUGAAAAGGCUUAUCACCUCUACAAGACCGACAAGUUCGAUUUCUGCAUUUGUAUGAUUGCCUUCUUCGGUGUUGCCUUCAUAAGCAUGGACGUUGGCCUCAUGAUGUCGGUGGGUGACCUGAAGAAAGGAAUAAAUCCCUCCUCCAUUCAACGUUUAACCUUUGAUCCUAAAUACAUAUCAGCACCCUUAAAAGCUGGGCUCAUCACAGCAAUGGUGGCUCUAGCUGAAGGAAUAGCUAUUGGAAGGAGUUUUGCCAUUAUGAGAAAUGAUCAUAUUGAUGGGAACAAGGAGAUGAUGGCUUUUGGUCUCAUGAACAUUGUUGGAUCUUUCACUUCAUGCUAUUUGACAACUGGUCCAUUUUCAAAAACAGCAGUAAAUUUCAAUGCGGGUUGCAGAACAGCCAUGGCUAAUGUAGUGAUGGCAGUAUGUAUGAUGCUGACCCUCCUGUUCUUGGCUCCUCUGUUUAGCUACACUCCCCUUGUUGCCCUUUCUGCCAUUAUUAUGUCAGCCAUGCUGGGUCUGAUUGACUAUGAAAAGGCUUAUCACCUCUACAAGACCGACAAGUUCGAUUUCUGCAUUUGUAUGAUUGCCUUCUUCGGUGUUGCCUUCAUAAGCAUGGACGUUGGCCUCAUGAUGUCGGUGGGACUUGCCUUACUCAGAGGACUGCUGUAUGUAGCUAGACCUGGUACUUGCAAGCUCGCUAACAUACCAGACUCCACAUUAUAUCGUGAUGUAGAGCAGUACCCUGGUGCAACAGGGAUUCCGGGGAUUCUAAUUCUGCAACUUGGUUCCCCUAUCUACUUUGCAAAUAGUAGCUACAUAAGAGAAAGGAUUCUGAGAUGGGUCAGAGAUGAACAGGACAUUAUAGAUGCUGAAGGGAAUGAUAUUGAGUACUUAUUGCUGGAUUUGGGAGGUGUUACAGCAAUUGAUAUAACAGGUAUAGAAACCCUAUGCGAAGUCCGAAAAAACAUGGAAUCAAAAGGGAUCAAGGUAACUCUGAUAAACCCCAGGAUUAAGGUCAUGGAGAAGUUGAUGCUAACGAAAUUCAUCGACGAGGAGGUCGGGAAGGAAUCGGUGUUCUUAUCGAUUGAAGAUGCAAUAGAGGCAUGUAGGUUUUCACUCAAAAUCUCAAACCAAACUAAUGGGGAAGACUUUGUUGAUACAUAAGGCAGUCAGAUAACAGAGUAUCCAAGUUAUCAGAAACUGGAUAUAUUGAGUAAAUAUUUGGUGUAAUGCUACUCCAGUAUUAUUACGUGGUAUAAUCGUCUAAUAAUAAAUAAAUAAGUAGAUAAAAUGGAUCCUAUUUUUUCAAAUAAUCACCUUUCUAUGUAAGAUAGGAACAACUACAUAUUGAAAAAGUGUGGUUAUUAAUUGGGGUCAAUGUUGGGUUAGUAUGUUGAGAUGCUCAAAUUAUGAAUAUAAAAGUCAUGUUCCUUUAAUGAGUUAUUUUUUUUUGAGUAAUCUGUAGUGUGUAAAGUAAUU